CUGAGAGGAGGAUGCUGCUGUUUUGAGGAAUAUCAGCGCUGCGACCUGGCUGCUGGUUUAUUUCAAGUGUUUAGAGGAAAAAUGGCUACCAGGAUGAAGGAGAAGGAGCAAUGACUACUUUCGGAACCAUGCCUCUUUUGUGACAUAUGGAUAUAAACGGAGUAGCUCACGUAGCUGACACAUUGGGCCAAGGUUCUAGCCGAAGGAUUUUGCUGCUUACUGGGCUGCCUUUGCCCUGACAAAGCCGCUCAAGAUGAACAUGGUGAAAAGGAUCAUGGGGCGGCCGCGGCAGGAGGAGUGCAGCCCCCAGGACAACGCGCUGGGCCUGAUGCACCUGAGACGCCUGUUCUCCGAGCUGUGCCACCCUCCUCGCCACAUGACGCAGAAGGAGCAGGAGGAGAAGCUCUACAUGAUGCUUCCUGUAUUUAACAGAGUGUUUGGGAAUGCUCCACCCAGCAGCAUGACUGAGAAGUUCUCAGACCUCUUACAGUUCACCACACAGGUAUCACGGCUUAUGGUGACAGAGAUCAGACGAAGAGCUUCUAAUAAAUCUACAGAGGCAGCCAGUCGAGCAAUAGUGCAAUUCCUGGAGGUGAACCAGAGCGAGGAGGCGAGUCGUGGCUGGAUGCUUCUGACCACCAUCAACCUGUUAGCCUCCUCUGGACAGAAAACUGUGGACUGCAUGACGACCAUGUCUGUGCCCUCCACAUUGGUCAAAUGUCUCUACCUGUUCUUUGACCUGCCUCACAUGGCAGAGGCCCCAGUAGUCACCACCCCACAGCCUCCAGCACCACCUCCACCCACACCCACCCAGGAGAAGACAUCCGGCCAGGGACACACCCAGCCCGAGCUGCCCCUUGCUGACCGUAGGGCGCUGCUUCAGAAAGUCUUUGUUCAGAUCCUGGUGAAACUCUGCACCUUUGUGUCCCCAGCUGAGGAGCUGGCCCAAAAAGAUGACCUCCAGCUGCUGUUCAGUGCUAUCACAUCUUGGUGCCCCCCCCAUAACCUGCCCUGGAGGAGGAGUGCUGGGGAGGUGCUGACCACCAUCUCCAGACAUGGCCUCAGCGUCAAUGUGGUCAAAUACAUACAUGAGAAGGAAUGCCUGUCCACGUGUGUUCAAAACAUGCAACAGUCUGACGACCUGUCCCCACUGGAGAUAGUGGAGAUGUUUGCCGGCCUCUCCUGCUUCCUCAAAGACUCCAGCGACGUGUCUCAGACUCUGCUGGAUGACUUCAGAAUGUGUCAGGGUUACGCCUUCCUCUGCGACCUGAUGCUCAGACUGGAGCAGGCUAAAGAGGAUGAAUCCAAAGACGCCCUGAAGGAUCUGGUCAACCUGGUCACCUGUCUGACCACGUACGGAGUGACUGAGCUGAAACCAGCUGGGCUGACAACAGGAGCCCCCUUCCUGCUGCCAGGGUUUGUUCUCCCACAGCCCUCUGGGAAAGGUCACACAGUGCGUAACAUCCAGGCCUUCUCAGUGCUUCAGAACGCCUUCCUGAGGGCUAAAACGAGCCGUCUGGCCUGUAUGCUUCUGGACGCCAUCGGAAACAUCUACGCAGCCGAGCCGGCAAACUACUUCAUCCUGGAAUCACAGCACACAUUGUCACAGUUUGCAGAGCGUGUGGCCAAGCUCCCCGAGGCCCAGGCGAAAUACUUUGAGCUGCUAGAGUUCGUCGUCUUCAGCCUGAACUACGUCCCCUGCAAAGAGCUGUUCAGUGUCAGCGUGCUGCUCAAAUCAAGCACUUCGCACGCCUGCAGCAUCACGGCUGUGCGGACACUGCUGAAGCUGGCCAGGCAUGACAGCGUGUUCAGCGACGUCCUGCGGGAGGUCGGCUUGCUGGAGGUUCUGGUUAACCUGCUGCAUAAAUAUGCCGCUCUGCUCAAAGACCCGGCAACGCAGCAGCAACCUCACAACAACGACCAGGACUGCAAAAACAACACAGUAGCCGAGGAGCAGAAGCAGUUAGCCUGGCUGGUGAUGGAGACGCUGACUGUGCUGCUGCAGGGCUCCAACACCACCAACACUAAUGCAGCUUUAUUCAGGGAGUUUGGUGGCGCUCGUUGCGUUCACAACAUUGUGAAGUAUCGGCAGUGUCGGGAGCAUGCCCUGCUCAUCAUCCAGCAGCUCGUCUUGUCCCCCAGCGGUGACGAUGACAUGGGAACACUGCUGGGCCUCAUGCACUCAGCACCGUCCAGUGAGCUACAGCUCAAGACCGACAUACUGCGGGCUUUGUUAGCUGUGCUGCGUGAGAGUCACCGCACCCGCACGGUGUUCCGUAAGGUGGGAGGCUUUGUCUACGUCACCUCUCUGCUCGUUGCCAUGGAGCGCUCGCUGUGCCAGCCUCCUCGACACGGCUGGGACCGAGUCAACCAGAACCAAGUCUUUGAGCUCCUGCACACCGUCUUCUGCACACUCACCGCCGCCAUGCGCUACGAGCCUGCCAAUUCUCAUUUCUUCCGCACAGAGAUCCAGUAUGAGAAGCUGGCUGAUGCUGUGAGGCUGCUGGGCUGUUUCUCUGAUACUAAGAAGCUGGGUCCUACAGGUGUUUUCCCCUCAAAUGCUCAGCCUUUCCAGAGACUGCUGGAGGAUGAGGCAGCUCCAGGAGGCUGUGCUGGGGACAGUGUAUGUCCGACCCUCAAACACUGCAGCAAACUUUUUAUCUACCUGUACAAGAUGGCCACCGACUCCUUCGACAGUCGUGCGGAGCAGGUGCCUCCCUGCCUGACUCAUGAGACCUCGCUGCCCUCGCCAUGGGGCACACCAGCACUCGCCAGGAAGAGACAUGGUUACUACGGUGCAUCAGGUCCUCCUGCCCCCGUCAAAGCCCUGACCGACCUGAAACUGCACUUCUCCAAUUCCUCCCACCCUGCUUCCUCCUCAUCUUCAUCUGACAUGGUGGUCAUUCACCCUGGGGCUGUCCUCGCCAUGCUUGACCUGCUGCCCUCCGUCUCCUCUGACAGCCAGCCUGAGCAUGCCCUCGACUUGCAGCUGGCAGUUGCCAACAUCCUGCAGCUUUUGGUGAACAGUGAGAGGAAUCAGCAGGUUUUGUGUGAAGCCUCCCUCCACCAGCGACUGUUGCAACGCUGCAGUCAGGCCCUGGGUGACGAAGACCAUCCACUACACCCUCCUCUUCAGAGGAUGUUUGAGAGACUGGCUUCGCAGGCACUGCAGCCCAUGGCACUCAGGGAGUUCCUGCGUCUUGGGAACCCUCUGAACUGUGGCGCCUGGGACAAGAAGCUCCUGAAGCAGUACCGGGUUCACAAACCAAGCUCUCUCAGCUACGAUGCUGACACCAGAAACAGCAUGACCAUGUCCAUGGAGGGCUUCGGCCCAGACAGCGUCUUCACCACUCCAGCUGAGGAUAACGGCCAGUAUCGCAUCAGCCGCAGCCUGGUUCGCUCCGCCGAGGGCAGCACUGUCCCCCUUACCCGAGUCAAGUGCCUGGUGUCCAUGACAACACCUCAUGAUAUACGCCUGCACGGAUCUGCCGUCACACCUGCAUUUGUGGAGUUUGACACAUCGCUGGAGGGUUUCGGGUGUCUGUUUCUGCCCAGUCUGGCGCCCCACAACGCCCCCACCAACAACACAAACGCCUCAGGGGUCAGCGAUGGAGCAGUGCUGAGUGGUAUGGGUGCAGGGGAGCGUUUGUUUCCACCUCCGUCAGGCCUCAGCUACUCUACCUGGUUCUGUGUGGAGCGUUUCAGCUCACUUCCUCAGUCUCACCCGGUGCGACUGCUGACCAUUGUCCGGCGGGCCACGUCUUCAGAGCAGCACUACGUCUGUCUGUCAGUGGUUCUGUCCGCCAAAGACCGCUCACUUACUGUGUCCACCAAGGAGGAGCUGCUGCAGACCCACUCAGCGGACGAGUCGAGUGAAGAAGCAUCCUUCUAUGAGAUCCUGCCCUGCUGCGCUCGCUUCCGCUGUGGUGAGCUGAUUGCUGAGGGCCAAUGGCACCACCUGGUGCUGGUCAUGAGCAAAGGCAUGCUGAAGAACAGCAUGGCCACACUAUACAUCGACGGACAGCUCAUCAACACAGUCAAGCUCCACUACAUUCACAGUGCACCCGGCGGCUCCAGCUCCACCAACCCUCCCGUAGUGAGCACCGUUUACGGAUAUAUCGGUACACCCCCUGCCCAGCGCCAACUCUCCAGCUUAGUGUGGCGUCUGGGACCCUGCCACUUCCUGGAGGAGGUCCUGCCUGCUACCAGUGUCGCCGCCAUCUAUGAGCUGGGACCCACAUAUGUGGGCAGCUUACAGGCCGUCUACCUGCCAUGUAAAGACUCAAAGACAGAGGUAGCUCCCGCCUGUCCAGUGGUGUUGGUACCAGAGGAGAAGGUGUCCUUCAGCCUGUAUGCGCUGUCUGUUUCUACUCUCACUGUGGCCAAAGUCAGGAAAGUCUACAACAAACUGGACAGCAAGGCUAUCGCCAAACAGCUCGCCGUGUCGUCCCAUGAAAACGCCACUCCAGUCAAGCUGGUUCAUAAUGCUGCCGGCCACCUCAACGGGCCAGCCCGAACCAUCGGAGCUGGAGUCAUUGGAUAUUUAGGGGUCCGAGCUUUCGUGGCUAAACCUGUAGCCACAAACCUGCAAUAUAUAGGCGGUGCUGCUGCCAUUUUGGGUCUGGUUGCAAUGGCGUCAGAUGUUGAGGGGCUUUACGCAGCUGUGAAAGCUUUAGUGUGUGUUGUAAAGAGCAACCCGCUAGCUAGUAAGGAGAUGGAGCGCAUCAAAGGAUACCAGCUGCUAGCCAUGCUGCUGAAGAAGAAGCGCUCACUGCUCAACAGCCACAUCCUCCACCUCACCUUCUCUUUGGUGGGAACAGUCGACAGCGGACACGAGACCUCGAUUAUUCCCAACUCCACUGCCUUCCAGGACCUGCUGUGUGACUUUGAGGUUUGGCUCCACGCUCCCUACGAGCUCCAUCUGUCUCUGUUUGAGCAUUUCAUCGAACUGCUGACUGAAUCCAGUGAAGCUGCUAAGAAUGCCAAACUGCUGAGGGAGUUUCAGCUGAUCCCCAGACUGCUGCUGACUCUGAGAGACACCUCGCUGUCCCAGCCAACUGUAGCGGCCAUCAGCAAUGUGCUCAGUCUGCUGCUGCAAGGCUUCCCCAACCCAUAUGACCUACUCCGGUUUGGCCAGUUUAUCUCAUCAACUCUCCCCACAUUUGCCGUGUGUGAAAAGUUCGUCAUCAUGGAGAUCAGUAACGAGGAGAAGAUUGACGGAGGUAAUGAUGAUGAUUUCGGAGGUCUUCUGUCAGCAAACCUCAUUCUGCUGAGAAACCGACUGCUGGACAACCUGCUCAGACUGCUUUUCACCACCAAAGAGAAAUGUUCUGUAAAUGCCCAGGCUUGUGAGGAGCUGGUGCGGACACUGGGCUUUGAUUGGCUCCUGAUGUUCAUGGAGGAGCACCUUCACUCGAGCACAGUCACAGCAGCUCUGUGGAUCCUGGUGGUUCUGCUCUCCAACCAGUCCAUCCUAAACCGCUUUAAAGAGGGCCUGUGCGGAGGAGGUUGGCUGGACCACACCGACUCCGUCCUAACUAAUAAGAUCGGCACAGUGCUUGGCUUUAACGUGGGCCGCAGUGCUGGUGGGCGCUCCACACUGCGAGAGAUCAACCGGGAUGCUUGCCACUUUCCAGGAUUCCCAGUACUGCAGACAAUGCUGUCCAAACACACCAACGUGCCGGAUCUGUACUUCCUGCUCAUGGCGCUGUUCCUGCAGCAGCCUGUCACUGAGCUGCCAGACAGCCUGCAGGUACAUUUUGACCUGGACUCCAUAUGGACCUUCAUCUUUGGCAUACCAGCCUCUAGUGCGACAGUGGUGGGCUCCAUCCAUAAUGUUUGCACCGAGGCUGCCUUCCUACUCCUGGCCAUGCUGCGCAGCAUGCUCAACCUGCCUUGGCAGUCAGAGGAGGAAGGUUCAUGGCUGAGAGAGUAUCCCGUGACUCUCAUGCAGUUCUUUCGGUACCUUUACCACAACGUGCCUGACCUGGGACCGAUGUGGCACAGUCCUGAGUUCCUCUGUGCACUGGCAGCCACAGUUUUCCCCUUUAACAUCAGGCCGUACUCUGAGAUGGUCAGUGAUUUGGAUGAUGAGGCCGGUUCUCCCACAGAGGAGUUCAAGGCCUUCGCUGCAGACUCAGGAAUGAACCGCAGCCAGUCUGAGUACUGUAACGUCGGCUCCAAGACAUCCCUGACCAACCACCCAGCCAAGAAGUACGUCUUUGACUUUAUGAGAGUCCUGAUCAUGGAUAACCUCUGCAUGACCCCGGCUAGCAAGCAGACGCCCAUCAUCGACCUGCUGCUGGAGGCCUCUCCGGAGCGCUCCACUAGAACUCAGCAGAAGGAGUUUCAGUCUAAUAUCCUGGACGGCGUCAUGGAGCAUCUUCUGGCAGCUGAUGUCCUUCUAGGUGAAGAUGCCUCUCUGCCUCUCAGCAGCGGGGGAAGCUAUCAGAUUCUGGUCAACAAUGUCUUCUACUUCACACAGCGUGUGGUGGAUAAGCUGUGGCAGGGCAUGUUCAACAAGGACUCCAAGCUGGUGGUGGAUUUCAUUGUGCAGCUCAUAGGACAGUCCAAAAGACGUUCUCAGGGUCUUUCCCUCGACACCAUCUACCACUGCUUGAACCGGACUGUGCUCUACCAGCUCUGUCGACCCCACAAGACGGUGGCUCAGCAGGUGGCCCUCCUGGAUGCUCUCAGGGUCCUGACCGUCAAUCGCAACCUGGUGCUCGGCCCAGGGAACCACGACCAGGACUUUGUGGCCUGCCUGGCUCACUGCUUCAUCUGCCUGCACAGCGGGAGCAGCGUAGAGGGCUUCGGUCUGGAGGCUGAGGCCAGGAUGACGACCUGGCAUGUCAUGAUGCCCACAGAGAACGAGGCUGAUGCUGCGCACAACCAGGACGUCAGCGAGGGCCGGCAGCUGCUUCUGAAGGCGGUAAACAGGGUGUGGACGGAGCUAAUGCACAGCAAGCGUCAGAUGCUUGAGGAUAUCUUCAAAGUGUCUCUGCCCUGUAACGACCGAGGACACGUGGACAUUGCCACGGCCCGGCCCGCCUUGGAGGAGCCGGCCCUGAAGAGCUGGCAGAACCACCUGGCACACGAGAAGAAGUGUAUCAGUCGGGGUGAGGCAGUGGCUCCGGCGACUCAGUCCAAACUGUCCCGAGUCAGCAGUGGUUUCGCCCUCUCCAAACUAACGGGCGUUCGACGCAAUAAGAAGGAGAACAGCCUGAACAAGAACAGCCUCUCUGCACAGGAAACUUUCCAGUGGAUGUUCACACAUAUCGCUGUUGUACGAGACCUGGUGGCCAUGCAGUACAAAGAAUAUCAAGAGCGGCAGCAAAACGCCCUGAAGUAUGUGACUGAGGAGUGGGCGUCCAUUGAGUAUGAGCUGCUACGUGAACGGGGUCUCUGGGGGCCACCCAUCGGGUCCCACCUGGAUAAGUUUAUGCUGGAGAUGACUGAAGGGCCCUGCAGGAUGAGGAAGAAGAUGGUCCGUAAUGACAUGUUCUACAUCCACUACCCAUACAUCCCUGAGACGGAGCCAAACACCAACCCUGCACAGUCACCUGCCUGCCCCCCUUUGGUGCCUCUGAUCCCCUCAGCUCUGGCUGGGGUUCUUGAACGUGCCGAGAAACCUCUGCGAUAUCGGCGUGCCAUUAGCUAUGACAGUAAGGAGUACUACAUGCGCCUGCUGUCUGGAAACCCCGGUAUGUAUCAGCACUCUGUGGAGCACAACACAGAAGGAGAAACCACACAGCAUGAGCCCGAGCACGGAGAGGACACCAUAGCAAGGGUUAAAGGGUUGGUGAAGGCUCCUCUGAAGAGGUCUCGCUCCACAGCAGACGGAGCGGAUGAGGACAGUCAGGAGCAGCUUCAGGAUCAGCUGCUCGAGUCAGGAGGCCCAGAGGAGGAGCAGAGGACUGACAACACGUCCCUGCUGCGCCUUCUAGAGGAGGGAGAGAAGAUCCAGCACAUGUACCGCUGUGCCAGGGUUCAGGGUCUGGACACGAGCGAGGGUCUGCUGCUGUUUGGAAAAGAGCACUUUUAUGUAAUCGACGGCUACACCAUGACCAUGUCCCGCGAGAUCAGAGACAUCGACACGCUGCCCCCAAAUAUGCAUGAGGCGAUCAUCCCCAGAGGAGCGAGACAAGGACAGAGCCAGCUGAAGAGAACCUGCAGCAUCUUCGCCUAUGAAGACAUCAAGGAAGUUCACAAGAGACGCUAUCUGCUACAGCCCAUGGCAGUGGAAGUCUUCUCAGCUGAUGGGAGAAACUACUUGUUAGCGUUCCAGAAAGGAGUCCGCAACAAAGUUUACCAAAGGUUCUUGGCGGUGGUGCCUUCACUUGCCGACAGCUCAGAGUCUGUGUCAGGACAGAGACCCAACACCAGCGUGGAACAGGGGUCUGGACUCCUCAGUACGCUGGUCGGUGAAAAGUCAGUGACUCAGAGAUGGGAGCGAGGAGAGAUCAGUAAUUUCCAGUACCUGAUGCAUCUGAACACACUGGCAGGAAGAUCCUACAACGACCUUAUGCAGUACCCCGUCUUCCCUUGGAUCCUUGCCGACUUCGACUCAGAGGAACUGGACCUGAACAACCCCAAGACUUUCCGUAACCUCGCCAAACCGAUGGGCGCACAAACCGACGACAGACUGACGCAGUACAAGAAGAGGUACAAAGACUGGGAAGACCCCAAUGGUGAAACUCCAGCGUACCACUAUGGCACCCACUACUCCUCAGCCAUGAUCGUUGCCUCUUACCUGGUCCGGAUGGAGCCUUUCACACAGAUUUUCCUCAGACUUCAGGGAGGCCAUUUUGACUUGGCUGACAGGAUGUUCCACAGCGUGCGUGAAGCCUGGCUGUCUGCCUCCAAACACAACAUGGCUGAUGUGAAGGAGCUCAUCCCCGAGUUCUUCUACUUGCCAGAGUUCUUGCUCAACUCCAACAACUUUGACCUGGGAGCCAAACAGAAUGGCACCAAACUGGGCGACGUUAUUCUGCCACCUUGGGCGAAGGGUGACCCGCGGGAGUUCAUCAGAGUCCACAGAGAGGCAUUGGAGUGUGACUACGUUUCUGCUCACCUCCACGAAUGGAUCGACCUGAUAUUUGGCUAUAAGCAGCAGGGUCCGCCCGCUGUGGAUGCUGUAAAUGUCUUCCAUCAUCUUUUCUACGAAGGUCAGGUGGACAUCUACAAUAUUAACGAUCCACUGAAAGAGACUGCUACCAUUGGCUUCAUCAACAACUUUGGACAAAUCCCAAAACAGCUGUUUAAGAAGCCUCAUCCUCCUAAACGGGUUCGUAGUAAAGCUAACGGUGACAUAGCGAGCGUCCCUCCCAGCUCCAACAGCGACAAAAUCUUCUUCCAUCAUCUGGACAAUCUCAGACCUUCUUUAGCACCAGUCAAAGAGCUGAAGGAGCCUGUGGGACAGAUUGUGUGCACUGAUAAGGGGAUACUCGCUGUGGAGCAAAACAAAGUUCUGGUUCCUCCCACCUGGAGCAAGACCUUUGCCUGGGGCUACGCCGACCUCAGCUGUCGUGUGGCUAACUAUGAAUCUGAUAAGGCCUCAGUGGUGUAUGAAUGUCUCUCAGAGUGGGGUCAGAUCCUCUGUGCCAUCUGUCCAAACCCCAAACUGGUUAUCACUGGUGGCACCAGCACCGCCAUCUGUGUGUGGGAGACUGGAACGUCCAAGGAAAGGGCCAAGUCGCUGAUGCUCAAACAGGCAUUAUUGGGUCACACAGACGCCGUAACAUGUCUGACAGCUUCUUCAGCAUACCACAUAGUUGUCAGCGGCUCCCGGGAUCGAACCUGCAUCAUCUGGGACCUUAACAAGCUGUCCUUCGUCACGCAGCUCAGGGGACACCGAGCGCCUGUCUCAGCUCUGUGUAUCAACGAACUGACGGGGGAUAUUGUGUCUUGUGCGGGCACGUACAUCCACGUAUGGAGCAUCAACGGCAGCCCUAUCGCCAGUGCAAACACCUUCACCGGGCGCAGUCAGCAGAUUCUGUGCUGCUGCGUAUCUGAGAUGAACGAAUGGGACACACAGAAUGUCAUCGUCACGGGGCACUCAGACGGUGUUGUCAGGUUUUGGAGAAUGGAGUUCCUACAAGUCCCAGAAACCCCUGCUCCAGAGCCAGUAGAGCCAGACGUGCCUGACUGCUGUGCUGAGGAGAAAAUUGAGGGCGGUGAGAGUCACAAUGGCGAUGACGACAGCAGCGAGUCAGAUGGAGAUGAGCCCAGUCUGAGUCAGGAGCCCAAAGCGCCACGAAACCCAUCAACAGGUGGAGGCAGCCAGCCGGGCAGCACCGUCCACAGGCCCAGAGGUCCUUCAGCCCGACCUGGAGCCUCAUGGUCAAUGGACAGCAGCUCUGACGACUCUCACCGCUGGUCAGACACUCUCAGCAUCGAUGAGAAGGACGGCUUUGUGUUCGUCAACUACUCUGAGGGUCAGACUAAGGUUACCCACCCUCACUUGGCUCAUCCCAGCCAGAGCUCAGUGCCACAGCCUCUCCAGACCACUACCAUGGACGCACGCACGUAUAACCAGCUCAGGGCCGGCUACAGAUGGGAGCGCCAGCUGGUGUUCCGGAGCAAACUCACCAUGCACACGGCAUUUGAUCGCAAGGACAAUGCUCACCCAGCAGAGAUCACAUCCCUCGCCAUCUCUAAGGAUCACAGUAAGAUCCUAGUAGGCGAUGGUCGAGGUCGAGUCUUCAGUUGGUCAGUCAGCGAUCAGCCCGGUCGCUCGGCAGCCGAUCACUGGGUGAAGGACGAGGUGGUUGACAGCUGCUCAGGCUGCACAGUCCGCUUUUCCCUCACCGAGCGGCGUCAUCACUGCAGGAACUGCGGGCAGCUGUUCUGCCAAAAGUGCAGUCGCUUUCAGUCAGAGAUCAAAAGGCUAAAGAUCUCGUCACCAGUGCGAGUUUGUCAGAACUGUUACUACAACCUUCAACAUGAGCGAAGCGUCGAUGAUGGCUGCAAAAACUGAGCUACAUCUCUGCAAAAGAAACACCUCCUCCAAGGACUCCAACCUGGGGACUGUUGAGUUCCUUCACCUGGCUCAUUUUUCCAUCAGAACUUCCCACAUAUCCCUCAAAACCCCCAUUAUCCCCUCUCUUGUUCAGUAACCACGACUGUAACACACUGACAGACUUAAGAGGAGGGAGCAUCAGCUGUUUUAUCAACGCAGGGUUAAAGAGCAACAAGAGGGAGAAAAAAAACACAGGAUCAAAAGGAAAUAAAAAAAUAUCACCGUCACCACCUGCACUCCACACCUGGAGGAGGAAAAAAAGCAACACCCCCUUUGACGCAGCAUGCUUGUUUCAAUCACCACAAACUUGUUUAUAAUGUAAAUGAUAACCAUGGCCUUUUUAACGCUAAGAGGAACAAAAAGAAAACAAAACUAAAGGUCAAUGAGAAUUAAAAAAAAAAAACAAAAUGCCUGUAACAUAGCGUUGUGACUAACCACUCCUGGCUUUAAAAAACAAAAUGAUUGUGUGUAGUCUGCGCCACGAGUCAUGGCGAGUCCAGAGGAAAACCAGAGGAGAGGAAGGGAUCUGAAUGUCAAUAAUUAAUGUCUGUGGGUUGACUUUACUAGUGGGUCUAGUUAUGCAAAAUGAAUUAUUUUCAACCUUCUGAUCUUUUUUUAUUGUUUACGAAAAUGUGAUUUAUUUUGCGAGUGUUGCCCACAGUGUCAGGCCAUCAUCACCACAGAGAGAUGAAUUACUAGAUUCUCUCACUAUUUUUGCCAAAUUGCUUUGAUGGAUCAAUUAUUAUGACUCUUUUUUUACCUAUCAUUUAUUCUGUCAUUUAAAUGCAUUUCAGUUUAGUUGCUGCUGCUGUUUGAAAACUGGACAAAUUAUCAUUUCAGAUUUUUAAACCAUAUCACUUAGUUUAAUUGAGAUUUUAUGUCAUCAAAGGAAACAUUUUAAUCAGUUGAUAAUAUAAAUUAGGGUAAAUAUAAUGUAUAUGUAAUAAUGCUACACAUGUAUUUCAUUUGAUGUCUUCUUAUUUAGUUCCUGCACAAGCCUUAGAGCGGCUUUUUGAAUGCACAUAGAAAAGGGAUUCUUCUAUUGUACAGUGGGUUUUAUUUCUUUUUUGGUUUCUGUUGGUAGACUUUUUCUGUCCUUGUGGCAUUACUACAUUAGAUCAGCUGAUGUUGCACUCCACAUAUUUAUCCUCACUCCCUCUGCAUGAAGUUAAACUACAGGAGCAGCAGCCAGAAAUCGCUAGUUUAAGAUGUAAACAAUCAUGAUAUGCCCUGAAGGAAGUAAAAAUAGCUUGUUUUAAAAGGACACAGACAUCUAAAUGGUGACAGCUCUCUGUUGCUCUCUUUUUUCACGCUUCUUUCAUGCUUACCCAAAACUUGCUCCAAAGGGUGCAAGUUGACCUCAGUUAAGCCCAGUUGCCUCUUUGGACCAAGUUCUGCAUAAUUGGCUGGGAUGUAUUGUUGCCUUCAUUGUAUGGUUACGUAAGCAUAUCAGGGUAAGCCAAUCAGAGGUAGAGAAGCAUGGGAUAUACUUUGCCGAGCCUGUGGCACUACUUUCUAGCAGUUUGAUUUCCUCAAGUAAAGAAUGACUACUAGUUAAGUUCUUCUAGUCUUGUGGCUAGAGAUAGAUUUGAUUUGAAGUUAUAAGAAGUUGAAAAUGCAAAAAUAGGUCAGUAGUAUUGCAUGUGGAUGGACCCACAAGGUUUAAUUUGUGCCAAAAAACAGAUCUUGUUCAUUGUCUCCCACUAAUGAGGAUUCCAUGUACAUUUUCCCCCACCCUUUAUUUUUUGGCAUUUGCUGGCCUCCAUUCAAGGCCGUGAUGUUAAUAUUUCAAACAGGCCUCAUAUGCUCUCUUAUUGUUUAAUUAAACUGUAAACCACUUGAUCUUUAAAGACGACCCCUGAAUUUUUCACCUAACCUUUUUUUAAUUCUGCUGGAUGGCUGCUGCUUCUGCUGGGUUUAAUAUUUUGUCAUAAAGACCAGGUUUUUGUUUCUUAGUUCAUGUUUUCUUGCAGGUCACAUGCCACUCUUUACUCUUUUUAAAAAAAUGUGUUCAUGUUGUGUUUCUCGUGGUUCUGUGGGCAACAACCGUGCAUUCAAGUGCUGCUUUCUUUCUUUCCUUUUGAAACUUUUUAGUUCCCCACUAGUUUUCACCGAGCUAAACACGUCUGAAAAAUAAGAAACGCUGUUUUAUCUUCAUCCCCACAGCUCCCUGAUGUUCUAAGAAUAAUAUGCACUCUUGAUAUUGUCCUUCUUAUAUCAUUCUGCAUUAAUGUACUGUAAUUUAGCGUGCAAUCAUGCCAUCUAGCUGAAAAGGCCGAGUCGGCUUGUAUCAAUCAAGAGUUCCUUUGCACCUUCAUGUCUAAAGAAAAACAGAAAAGUCAAGGUUUUUAUUGAAUGCAGUUUUACAUUGUUUUAACAGAAGGUGCAUUUCACAGCAGAUAAAUGAACUGUACAAAGUAUUUAUGCAAUUAUAACUGGUUUUAGAUUUUUUUAAUGAUUAUUGCAAUUUCAGCAAGUUUUGUUACUUGUUGCAUGUCUAUUAACACAGCUGACUUUCUGUGUCAGUGCAUUGUACAUGUUCUUAGCAUUAUAUUUUUGUUUUUUGUUUCUUUUGGAGGCAUUGUCUGAUGAGUUGUCCUCAAGCGACCGACUGAAGGGUUUGUGUACAGUGCAGGAACUCGUUUCCCCAAACUGGGUGGACUUUUGUACUCUUUAUCAAAUAUGACAACUAAGAGACGAAGAAGAAGGAAAAAAGAGAAAAUCCUGGAUUAAUUUGGUGGUCUUGUAUUAGACUGCAUUACUACAGUAUCUGGUGUGCAAUCUGUGAUAGCUGAAUGUUCCUUGUAUAUUUGUGUUCACUACAUCCUACCAGAGGAAAAAAACAAACGUAGAGAAACCCUGCCCCCCCUUACAGAAAAAAAUGUUACAUAAUGCAAUAGAUCUGGUACUUAUUCUUUUAAUUUCAUUUCAAUAAAUAAUUGCUGUUUACCACCAA